UUAUAGACGCUGACUUUCUCUCUACUACGUUCAUAUUGUCUUCCCUCCAAGAGAUUAUAUCGAGAGCAAAAAUGACUGAUCUCAUUCGUUUCGUGACUUUGAAUCCAUGCAAUAGCAGGUUGGGCACGGUGGGCCAAGGUAAACACAAAUUAAUGCACGUUCACGUUGAAUGAACGCAAUUUUCUCGCAAUAACCGAAAGUCAUGCGGGCUGCUCCCGAGCUUACAUUGUAUUCAUUCGACCAAAUGGUAAUUCCCGAAUCCUCGUCGAUCGGACUUACUUCACAAACCUGUCUGAAUGUACCUUGUCACGAUCAAGAGCACGAGUAUGAAGGGGCGAGGAGCUCACGAGGACCCCGGUCCUUACCUCAAGUACUUAAAACCAUCUGGCGAGCGAGAGUUUUCACGACUGAUCCUACCACCAUGGUCCCUCAGGAAAUAUUCGACUUGUGCAUUGACUGGCUCGAAGCAUCCCAAUGUUUUCUAUCGCUGAAGACUUGCACCUUGGUCUGCAGCUCUUGGCUCCCUCGAGCUCGGUACCAUAUUUUUCGUCGUUUAUCUAUCGACUUUCGUUUUCGUUUUCGCGAAUCACUGCCAGAGUUGAUCUGCCAACUUCGAGCUGAUAUAUUCGCGAAGCCUUCCAUUGUAUCUUAUGUGCGGGUGAUGUCUCUCCAACUUCAAUACUCCUUGGACCACCAGGCAGGUCCUGAGAGUCCGUACGAGUGCCUGUCGGAUAUCCCAUUCACCAAUCUGGAGCAGCUUCAUAUCAACUUUGCCUACUCGCUUCUCACAGAAGAUUAUCCCUGGCGACUAUCUCGUCUUAUUCAUCUCCUUCAAAACAAUCCUCACUUGGAAAAUCUAUCCUUGCGGAAUUUCGCCAUCGAUGCACAAUCGAUGCAUACACUCCUUCUUAAUCUGGCUACGUAUUCACCGCACAUCAAGACACUCGUCUUGGACGAUAUACGUAGCUUCAGGUGGUCCAAAUCAGAAAGUGAUUGGUCGCUUCCCCGACUCAUCCCAUUGGAGAGGUUAUUGGUUUUUGAGGGACCAGGCUUUGAUCUGAUGGGUUUCAUCUUUCGUCAUGGUUUCUUCGAUUGGAACACGCUAAAAACACUUGCACUUGUUGGAAGCCUCAACGAAGAUGGGGUCAAAGCUCUGGUAGACUCGGGGUGUGGUCAAGUUACUUCUUUUCUAACGCUUGAUCUCAGAAAUUUGCGCUCUGAAACCUUGUUAGAGACAGUCUUGGGUAAUUUUCCCCAGCUUCGUCAGCUACAACUUCUUCCACCGGCUGUUGAUAGCCACGGAAUACUCUCACAUACCCUCGAGCAGUUGGGGCGCCAGGCAAGCUUCAGCCGUCUAAUGAGCCUGUACAUAUCGAAUCCUAUAUUGGUCUUUCCACUGGAUACACAACUAGUGGAGUUGACAAAAGCAAUGCCGUCUUUGCGACAUGUCAGUUUCAAUUUUGGCAGCUGGCUUCAGGAGAAUGCUAUCGAUUCGGAGGAUAUGAAGAAUCGUCUGCCUCUAACGAGCAGGACAGGUGUUCUAGAUUUCAAGUCAAAUGAAAUACAUAUAUCGGCGUCCCAGGAUACACCAUACAAUAGUGUACAAUAGCAAUAAUGUGCAUGUGUGCUGGAGACUGUCUUCACUGCUUCAAAACGAGAACUUCUCUUACUUUGUCAGUC